AUGACUACUAACAAUAGCGUUUCUACUUUUCAAGAAGAAGUUUCCCCUGGACGUGUCUUGACUAUGCCAGCUGAUGGUACCGGUCUUUCUGUCAUUGACCCUUGGUUAGAACCCUUUAACGGAUCACUUAGAGAAAGAUAUGCUAUGUUUAAAAAGUAUGAUGAAAGUAUCAAGUCUUCUUUGGGUUAUGAAGAAUUUACGAAAGGUUAUGAAUAUUAUGGUUUAAAUGUUCAGUCUGACAAUAGUGUUAUUUAUCGUGAAUGGGCCCCUAAUGCUGUUACAGCUAGUUUGGUGGGUGAUUUCAAUAACUGGGACGUAAAUGCUCAUGUUAUGGUCAAAGAUAAAUUUGGUGUAUUUUCUAUUACCGUGCCUCCUACCAAAGACGGAAAAGUAGCUAUUCCUCAUGGAAGUAAGAUAAAGAUUACAAUGACAUUACCUAAUACUGGUGAACGCAUUUAUCGUUUACCUGCUUGGAUUAAAUAUGUUACACAAGAUCUUAGCGUAAGCGCAGCCUACGAUGCUAUCUUUUGGAACCCUGAGCAACAGUAUGUCUUUAAAAACUCACGUCCUAAGAGACCUCAAUCAAUUCGUGUUUACGAAGCACAUGUUGGUAUCUCUUCUCCCGAACCACGUUGUGCAACCUAUAAGGAGUUUACCAAAAAUGUCUUACCUCGUAUUGCCUAUGAUGGUUAUAAUACAAUCCAAUUGAUGGCUGUUAUGGAACAUGCUUAUUAUGCUUCCUUUGGUUAUCAAGUGACUUCCUUCUUUGCUCCCUCGAGUCGUUAUGGUACACCAGACGAUCUUAAGGAACUUAUUGAUACUGCUCAUGGUAUGGGUAUUACCGUUCUUCUCGAUUUGGUUCACUCACACGCCUGUAAGAAUGUGAUCGAUGGUCUUAAUAUGUUUGAUGGUUCUGAUCAUUGCUACUUCCACGAAGGUGGCAAAGGACGUCACGACCUCUGGGAUUCUCGUCUUUUCAACUAUGGUAAUUAUGAAGUAAUGCGUUUCUUAAUGUCCAAUUUGCGUUAUUGGAUGGACGUCUUCCAGUUUGACGGUUUCCGAUUUGAUGGUGUAACCUCGAUGCUUUAUAAACAUCAUGGUAUCGGCUAUGGCUUCUCUGGAGAUUAUCAUGAAUACUUUGGUGACACCGUUGACGAUGAAGGCGUCAUGUAUGUUCAAUUAGCUAAUCAUUUCUUACACGAGAGAUACCCUGACGUGGUUACGAUUGCUGAAGACGUCUCUGGUAUGCCAGGUUCCUGUCGUCCUGUACGUGAAGGUGGGUUAGGCUUUGACUAUCGUCUCUCCAUGGCUAUCCCCGAUAUGUGGAUUAAGAUGCUCAAGGAACUGUCUGAUGAUGAUUGGAAUAUGGGUCAUGUUGUUCAUAUCUUGACAAAUCGUCGUUACCUUGAAAACACAAUUGGUUAUUGUGAAUCUCACGAUCAAGCUCUCGUAGGUGAUAAGACAUUAGCCUUUUGGUUAAUGGAUAAGGAAAUGUAUACCAACAUGUCAGAUUUGACCCCCUUGACACCUAUCAUUGACCGUGGUUUGGCCUUGCAUAAGAUGAUUCGUAUGAUCACACAUGGCUUAGGUGGUGAAGGUUAUUUGAACUUUGAAGGUAAUGAAUUUGGUCACCCCGAAUGGCUUGAUUUCCCUCGUGCAGGUAAUAACUCUAGCUUCCAAUACGCUCGUCGUCAAUUUAACUUGAUUGACGAUCACCUCUUACGUUACAAGUAUUUAAAUGAAUGGGAUCGUGCUAUGCAAAGGACAGAAGAUAAGUAUGGAUGGUUGCAUUCCCCUCAAGGCUAUGUCUCACGUAAAAAUGAAGGCGAUAAAAUCAUCGUCUUUGAGCGUGCUGGUGUCUUGUUCAUUUUCAAUUUCCAUCCUACUCAAUCCUUCGUAGAUUACCGUGUAGGCGUGAAUGAAGCUGGCAAGUAUAAGAUCAUUUUAAAUUCGGAUGAUAAACAAUUCUUAGGCCAUGGACGUGUAGAUAAUGAUACAGAAUUCUUUACUACACCUGAAGAUUGGGAUAGUAGAGCUAAUUGGCUCCAAGUCUAUAUCCCUAAUCGUACUUGUUUGCUUUUGGCAAAGGCAGACUAA